CUCCAUUUGGUUACCAUUUGUGAGAUUGGGGUACCAGCAAAGCAAGUGGCCCUCUUUUCCCUCCCCCUCCCAAUUGGCUCUGUAUUUUACCAGCAAACCACAAACCCUAGCUUCACCAUUUACCCUAAUUCCUAAUCUCUCAUCGCUACUGCUGCACGUAAAAGCUUCCGGUUUCUACUAUUAGUUUUCAUCCAUUUUUCCGUUUAUUUCACUCGAUUUUCGAGUUUUUCCCUCAAUUUAUUUUCCUUUUUCACUUUCUCUUGUUUUCCGCGAUCACCAUGAAAGGUGGUAAAUCCAAAGCUGAUUCCCGAAAUCCAGACAGCAAGCUUUCUGUGAAAAAGAGGAAGCAGAAGAGGGAAAAGAAGGCAAAGGAUCCUAACAAACCUAAGAGGCCUCCUAGCGCCUUCUUCGUUUUUAUGGAAGAGUUCAGAAAGCAAUUCAAAGAAGAAAAUCCAAACAACAAAUUAGUUGCUGUUGUUGGUAAAGCUGCUGGAGAUAAAUGGAAGUCCUUCACCGAUGAGGAAAAAGCUCCCUAUGUUGCCAAGGCAGAGAAGCGAAAGCAGGAUUAUGAACGACAAAUGCAGGCGUACAACAGGAGAUUGGAGGGUGGUCACGGGGAAGAGGGGUCUGAUAAGUCAAAGUCUGAGGUUAAUGAUGACGAUGAGGAAGGCAGUGGGGAGGAGGAAGAAGAUGAUGAAUGAUCUUUGGCACGGUGGAUGGCAUUUGCAUCAGGAUCCCUUGGUAUUUAAAUGCUGAUGUAAAUUUUUUUUUUUACCUUUCUUAGGACAUUUUGGAUGAUUCUCUAUUGUUGGUGGAUAUCUUGCACCCCUACCUUUCUUCCCAUUUAGCGAUAGACAAGUGGAGUAGUUUAUAGAUCUGGACAUUCAACACUGUAACUGCUUCAACAUUUGAGGAGUAAUUAGUCCUUUACGCUUGUAGUUUGAAUGAAAGGGCUUAAAUAUUUUGGAUGUUUGCCA